UUCAUCUCCGAGUUGCGUACGCAAACUACUAGAUGAACAGAACUUCUUUAUUAUAUACCGCAUUAGAAACGGGAAUGAAAUCUAAAAUUAUUCUCUUCUAUGGAAAACAAAAUCUUGGGCUUCUUUUCUCCUGGAAUUUUCACUUACCACGCUAAUCAAACGUACAAAUCUGUUACGCGCAGCACAGGUAAGACAUCCCGAGAUGCAGAUAUCAAUGUUUCGGGACGUCAAGCUCUUCGGCUGACCGGCGAUUUAAAAGGCGAGAUCUUCAAUUUGUUUCACCGUGAAUUUCGUCGGACUCUUGAAGCAGGUGGCCAAAGGGAAUUGACGAGAAAGAGAAAGGAAGAAAACAUUUGAUGGACGAAGGAAGCGAAGCGAGAAGGAGAGGAGUCACGCGACGUAACAUCGCGCUCUCGCUGCUCCUAAUAAUUAUAGUUAUCUCGUCGAGCUUCUCGGAACGGUUAGGCGAACCCCUCCUCGAGCAUCCUCCUCCUCCUCUUACCGGGAAUCCGUAGGGAGACGCCUCGAGCGAAGAGAAAUCGAAGAGCGGGCGGGAACGAGAAAGAAGAAAUCGGAGGGGAAAGAAUGAGGAUGAAAGAACAGCCUGGAUGAAACUUACGUAUAUACGCAGGACGAAAGAAUUCUGAUCGCAGAAGUCGACGACGCUCAUAGCGAGCCUCUUCGGCGCGGACUCGGGGAAAAAGACUGCGGAAGACAUUGAGCGUGACUGGAUUUUGGAGGGAUCAGACCUUUAAAGUUUAUCGAAAGAAACUUGUGUGAAUGUGAAUUGGAACUUGAAAAAUCCUUUUACUUUAAUUCGUGUUCAACCAAGUCAUCGUUGGAUUCAGUGUGUUGCUGAAGAGAAAGUCACAGUGAUUUAAAGACCUGUGCCGGCUUCUUUCUUCAAGAUGAAGAUUUUCAUGUCGCUUGUAAUCUGCGUCCAGUUUGCAUCGGUCGUCCUUGGCAGGCAUCACAGAGACAGUGGUUUUUUGAACCAUGUGCAGCUGGUGCAUCAGUUCCGAUGUUCCUUGCCUCAACCGAGGGCCGUUCCGGUAGAAGAUCUUCUCACUAUAGGUCCUGGACCGGACGAAAUCUUCUAUCCCGCGUCGACAGUUCUAACGCGUUGCGCGGGCUCGGGAUGUUGUCCGGAUUCUAGGCAAGUCUGCGCUCCGAUCGAGACUAGAAAUGUCAGCCUCGUGUUCAUGGUUAAGCACCGCAUCGAUCAGCACCGGGACCGUCAUCACGAAAUUAUUCACGCCCUAGAGCACACUAAGUGCGCCUGUAUAGACGAGAUCUUAGCCGCGAAGAAUGCUACGUUCUGAAAGUGGAUAACAGUCCUACGAACGAAAAAUUCCUAACCUGAAGUCAGAUUAAGUCAGGAUAUAUUAAGAAUUUACCAAGACCGGGAACGAAGGCUUUGUUUCUGUGAUAUUUUCGUUGUUUUGUACUCCGCUUUUUUUUCUUUUUUUUUUUUAAUAAACUCGUAAUACAACAAACUCUCGCUUUCGUACUGAAUGAAACGCGUUAACGCGUUGAGAAAUAGUAAAGCACU